AUGCUCAAUAUCCUGACAGGUGGUAUUGAAACAUUGGCAAUCGACGAACAACGUCUGAAUAAUGAAUCACUUCAAAUGCAAAUUACACUUUCAACAUUGGCAGAAGAAUCAUCGAAAGUUAAAUUAUCUAUUGAAGAAUCGAAGAUGUUUUUGGAAGCAAUGAAAUACAAUCAAGAUAUUCUCAAUCACGAUUUUGUAUCAUUGCAAGAAAAAAUUAAUGAUUUGGAAUGUGUUUCAUAUGAUGGAACAUUCGUGUGGAAAAUUACAAGUUUUCAAGAGAAAAUGAUUUAUGCACAGUCUGAAAGACAAACAUCAAUUUAUUCACCUCCAUUUUAUUCCUCACCUACUGGAUAUAAAAUGAGAGCUCGUCUAUAUUUAAAUGGUGAUGGAAAUGCUCGUCAUACACACAUGUCACUCUUUCUUGUUCUCAUGCGAAGUUCGAACGAUCCAAUUCUCAAGUUUCCCUUCAACCAUAAAAUUAUAUUUUGUUUGUAUGAUCAAACAUCUACACAACGACAUAUUAUCGAUUCAUUUCGACCAGAUAUUAGAUCGAGUAGUUUUCAACGACCUCGAUCUGAUAUGAACAUUGCCAGUGGUAUCCCGAAGUUUUUCCCAUUGGCAAUGAGUCAACAAGAGGGAAAUCCUUAUGUCAGAGAUGAUACUAUGUUUAUCAAAAUUAUGGUUGAUUUUGAAGAUUUACAAAAGAUGUUAUUGCCGUAUGCGUUAAACCUCAAUCCAGGUCUACCAGCGCAUGCUCAACACAGGAUGUUCAAGCAAGAAGCAGAGCAACGGUCUCAACAACAGUCCACUGAACAAUUGCAGAUACCGAAACAAUAA